GAACUUAUCUCCUAUGUAGGUUCACCACAGAGUGAGAUCACUUAAGACCAUGAUAGAACACCAGAGUUAAUCCUCACCUUUCUAAGUCCAUAUACAAGUCUGGAUUACUGGUAUGGCAGCCUGUAACUGCACAACAAAGCCAGAUGAGAGGGGUGAUUCAAGUGAGUCAUUUGAUGUGCCUGAUAUGAUGCUCUACAUAAUUAUAACUGCAUCUGUCUUCAUACUUCUCAUCAUUGGAAUGGCCUUAAUGUGGCUGAAAAAGUACAGGUUCCUAAUGCGCACCAUAAGGAAGCUACAGAAUGUAGAACAGCCAAUGACAGAACAGCUGUCCCCUGUGGACCCUGAAGCUGAUCCUUUGAAGCAAAACUUCUCACCUGUGACACAUGCAGCAGUCAAACCAAGAGAAAGCAACCUUAUUAUCUCCAGACCCAGAAGACAAAGCAGCAAGUCAGCUUCAAGAGCUCUGCAGAGGUCACCACAAACGGAUGGCCGAUUUAAUAAGAACGACCUCAUUUUGCAUCAGCUCAUCAAAGCUGGAGGAGAGGGAGUGUUCUAUAAAGCAAACAUGAUGCAUGGAACCAUCAAAGGCCACAGCAUGUUCACCUGUAAGAUCUUCAAAAAAGGUUGCAGCCAUAGGCAGGUGGAAAGAGAGGUUUCAGUCAUGCAGAAGCUGGGAACACACAAAAACCUGCUGCAGCUUUUGGAUUGGGACAUCACAGAAGCUCCGUAUAUGUUGGUUAUGGAGUAUGUAGCCCAUGGGACCCUACGCAGUUUCCUGCAGGUGAAUCAAGAAAGACUGUGCAGGGAUCAAGAGCUCCAGCAGCUCUUCACCACCGCAACCUACCAUAUAGCACACGCCAUGGAGCACAUGCGCUCUAAAAUGAUAGUGCACUGUGACCUGGCACUGAGGAAUAUAUUGGUGCACAGUUUUCCCCAUGAAGUAAAGGUAGCUGAGUUUGGACUGGCCAGAGAAAUUGCACGGACAUGGAGCAGAAGCAGCAGCUGCAAAAAGGACUACAGGCAACGAAUUCCCUCGCGGUGGUACCCUCCAGAGUAUUUCAAGAGUGAUGUCUAUGGAUUCAAAGGGGACGUCUGGGCAUUUGGCAUUGUAAUAUGGGAGAUGCAAACAUUUGGCACAUUGCCUUACCCUAACCUGAACACAUCAGAGGAAGUAGCUCGCUAUGUGUGUGCUGGCCACAGAAAUGGUGAGCCUGAACAGUGCAGGCCGGAGAUGAUACAAAUGAUGAAAGACUGCUGGCAAGAGCCCUAUUCUAUGAGGCCUUCUUUCAAGGAUAUUGUUAGAGUUCUGGAAAACAUUCUUGAAAAUGACCAUGACUACUUGGACUUGGACAAGAGAAAUCAGAGGGCCUCAAUGGAAUCUGAAGAGUCUCAACCAAGUUUGAAAACUGAGGUGUAUUGUAACACAGACGAAUGUUAGCUCUGUGCUGUUGUUCAGGCGAAGACAUCAUGCACUGUGGUAUUGUAUCUGUAGUAUUUUAGUAAGGAUGGUAGAAGUCUAUAAAUCUGUCUGAUGAAUUACUGACCAUAGACCAAACUACCAGGCAGAAACAUUUCAAACUUUAUAUGUCUGUUUAUGUGAACAGUGUUACUGCGAGUAAUAUUAAAAUGACUUAAAUAAACAAAUAAAUGAAAUAAAAACGAAUGUAUAAGAAA